GGGCAGCUAGGCUGAAGCGAGAGGCGCUGACCGGUCGGUGGUGUGGGAAGCAGUCCCUUCGCCUGGCCGCGCGUUGCGCUAACGAGUUAACCGAGUUAAAAACCCGGAGCUGUGCACACACAGCCCACAACGCUUUCCUCAACGACGCCCGUGUCUACUCACUCGGGGUACCCCUGUGAAACGGUCUGGCGCUCGGCGCCUCUGCACCCCGGGCGGAGCAGUGCGGGGAAGUGGGGUGCAGGCGAGGGGCUCGGGGUGUGCUGCGCUGUCCGGUUUUCAGUUUCACUUUGUGACUGCUUCUGGAAACCUGGAGAGCUCCGAUCGGCUUUCUGUGUUUAGUUGCGCGCUGUUUUCCUCGAGGGUCACGGACUGUCGGCUGCAGCACAGUGAGCUGUUUAAAAGGAUCUGCCUUGUGAGUUAUAUUAUUUUUAAUAAAUGAAGGAAAAUAAGGAGAAUUCAACUCCCGGUACGCCUGGUGCAAACCUGGACCACAUCAAGCCAUGCUGGUACUGGGACAAGAAGGACCUGGCGCACACCCCCUCCCAGUCUGAGGGGCUGGACCCAGCUACCGAGGCCCGGUACCGGCGAGAGGGAGCCCGGUUCAUAUUCGACGUGGGGACGCGCCUGGGGCUGCACUAUGACACACUGGCGACUGGGAUCAUCUAUUUUCACCGCUUCUACAUGUUCCAUUCUUUCAAACAGUUCCCUAGAUACGUCACGGGAGCCUGUUGUCUGUUUCUUGCGGGCAAAGUGGAGGAGACCCCGAAGAAGUGCAAAGACAUCAUUAAGACCGCUCGCAGCUUAUUGAAUGAUGUGCAGUUUGCACAGUUCGGAGAUGACCCAAAGGAGGAAGUCAUGGUGCUGGAAAGAAUAUUAUUACAGACCAUAAAAUUUGACUUGCAAGUGGAGCAUCCAUAUCAGUUUCUUCUUCGCUAUGCGAAACAGCUGAAAGGUGAUAAGAAUAAACUACAGAAGUUGGUGCAGAUGGCCUGGACAUUUGUCAAUGACAGUUUGUGCACCAUGUUGUCCUUGCAGUGGGAGCCGGAGAUCAUUGCAGUGGCUGUGAUGUACCUGGCAGGUCGGCUGUGCAAGUUUGAGAUCCAGGAGUGGACAUCCAAGCAGACAUACCGCAAGUGGUGGGAGCAGUUUGUGCAGGACGUUCCAGUUGAACUGCUGGAAGAUAUUUGCCACCAGAUCCUGGAUCUUUACUCCCAGGGGAAGCAGCAGAUCCCACAGCAGCCGCAGGCGCAGGAGAAGGAGAAAGUGCUGCCCCCUGUGCCGCCACAGCCCCCUGUGCCGCCGCCCCAGGCCCAGCCCCAGCCCCAGAGCUCCGGGCCCACCCCACCUGCACAGCCUCCGCCCAAGAAGGCUUCUCCGCAGGCCAGCCCGCCCCGGCAGCUCAAAAGGCAGCAUGUUGUAUCUCCAAAAGAUGAACCCAAGGCACCAGAGCAAGUUGGGUCUAAAAUCCCACGCUUGGAAACUCCAAUGCCACCUCUGCCAAGUGUACAGCCCCCACCUGAGCGGAAGCCUCCUCCCGCCGCACCCGCGCCGGCACCGGAGGCCGACUUGGCCGCCGCCAGCGACGCGGUGGAGCUGCCGAAGGCGCCGGUGCCGCCGCCGCCGCACCAGGCUCCCGUUCACCAGCCGCCGCCGCUGCCACACCGCCCGCCGCCCCCGCCGCCCUCCAGCUACAUCAUGGGCAUGUCCACGUCCAGCUCCUACAUGUCCGGCGAGGGCUACCAGAGCCUGCAGUCCAUGAUGAAGACGGAGGGGCCGUCCUACAGCACGAUGCCCCCGUCCUACGGGCCCCCAAUCCAGUACCACCCGCACGUCUACCCCCCCAACCCCCCGCCUCCUGUGCCACCCCCUCCUGCUACUUAUCCUCCCCCUAAUCUCCCCCCUCCGUCCCCCGCCUACCCGCCUCCUGGCUACAAUCACAGCUACCCGCCCCCUCCGCGGAUGCCCCCCGGCCAUGGGGUGCCACCUCCAGGGAUGCCCAUCCCCCCCACCAGCUACCCUCCGCCGCCGGGGCCCCCCGGUGGGCAGACGCAGGUGCCCCCCCCGCUGCCCCCGCCCGGCAUGCCACCCGUCUCCGGGAUGAACAGAGGAGGCUGGAUGAGAUGAGACGGGAGGACAUCGUGCCUGCCUGGUUUGGAUGACUUCCGGUGUUGCUCAGCAGGAAGUGCUGGGCUGUCAAUUGCAGAGCCGUGGCUUGACUUGGGCAAGCAGAGUGCCAGCCUCCGCGGGCUUUGCUUGUUUCACAGGUUCUGACACGGCAGGAAGAAGCAGGACACAGAACACAUCACCUGUAUUGUGGUCCCAUAGUGAUUUUUCCUCAGUGGUUAAUUAGUCACCUUAAAUUUAACGUUCAAAUUUAGUUAGGUAAAGUCUUUGAACAAUCUGUUUUCCCCACAGGAAAUGUAAUUGUCCUGGAAUUUACCUGAAAGAAAAGCAUGUUACUGCAGUUUCUCAGCUCUUAUCAGACUAAACUCCUAUGCAAAGAAUUGCCUUACUAGCUUCAGGCUGGACAAAUUCUGAUUUCACUCAAGUGGAGCUGAAUCGGGUUGUCUUUUGCCAUUUCAAUUCAAAGUUGUAUUUGAAAUUAUUGUAAAGCUAGAACUCCCACAAGACUUUUUUAAAAACUUUUCUUCAUUUCUUUGGCAUAUUCAAGAUUGUCUCCUCUGUUGAAGUAGAAAAAGUGAGUGAGCAUCUGUUUGCUGCAGUACCUUUGAGCAGCUUUUUAGUAGACAGAUGAUCUGUAAAAGAGAAAUUAAUCGAAAGAUGUUAUGUCAAUAUGUUUUAUAUGUGGUAGAGAUAAGUGGGAUUUUGAGAUCUUAGUUUUUCAUCUGUUGUUUUUCUUUUGCUCUCAUUCCAAACAUGCCCAUGUGCCAGUGUUCAGGCAGUUACAGUAGUUGCUACCCUGUGUACAUUCCUGUACAUUCCAGUCGUCUCUCCAUCUCUUCUUUGUUUUUGUUGAUAUCAGGAAAAUGGGUUUAAGAAAUUAAAAGACAUUUCUGCUUUUACACAGA